UGCAAUGGUUGAACAGGGAGAAGAACAUUGAAACUUCGGUAGACAUUAGAGCAGGGACCUGCAAUGGUUGUAAUAGCGAGUUGAGCAUUGAAACUACAGUAGACAUUAGAACAGGGACCUGCAAUGGUUGAAGCAGGGAUGAGAGCAUUGAAACUUCAGUAGACAUUAGAACAGGGACCUGCAAUGGUUGUAGCAGGGAGGAGAGCAUUGAAACUUCAGGCUACAUUAGAACAGGGACUUGCAAUGGUUGUAGCAGGGAGAAGAACAUUGAAACUUCACUAGACAUUAGAACAGGGACCUGCAAUGGUUGUAGCAGGAAGAAGAACAUUGAAACUCCAGUAGACAUUAGAACAGGGACCUGCAAUGGUUGUAGCAGGAAGGAGAGCAUUGAAACUUCAGGCAAAAUUAGAACAUGGACUGGCAAUGGUUGUGGCAGGGAGAAGAAAUUGAAACUUCCGUAGAUAUUAGAACAGGGAUGUGCAAUGGUUGUAGCAGGGUGCAGAACAUUGAAACUUCUGGAAACAUUAGAACAGGGACUGGCAAUGGUUGUAGCAGGGAGAAUAACAUUGAAACCUCAGUUAAAGUUGGAACAGGGACAGGCAGUAGUUGUAGCCAUAUAUGAAGGAUCUGAGAGGUUUAACUUUACUACUUACUUAAUAUGGUCGAUGGGAGAUACAGUUGAAAGGAUAAAAUCAAAAAGAAGACUGAGAAAUUGGAAGAACUUGUAAGAAAAAUUCAAAAAGUGGACGGGGAAAAGAUGGAACAUUGAGAGAAAAAAAUUCAAUAAUCUAAAAUGAUUAUCAGUACUCAUUAAUGUGAAGAAAGCAUAAAAAAGCAGAAUAAAUAUAAAUAGUGAUUGGGUAAAUAGACUAUGGAGCAUACAUCUUCCUUUCCAAUACAGAAGCUUCUUAAUAAAAAGAACAAGCAAAAGACAUCUGAUCGAUGGAAGAUAGCAGCAAACAUCAUUAUUCCAUUAGUAUCUUUACGCCAGGCAUCAGAGAACAAAAGAAGACAAAGUUUUGAAAACCCAGAAAACAUUGAAAAUUUCAGUGACAAAGAUAAAAAUGCUAGACUUGAGGAACAGAUGAAGCUUCACCACCUUCAACAGUUGAUGAAAGAGUUUGUAAACCAUAAGCCAGAGGGUGUAGUUAUUCAGGAAGCAUCAACUUAUUUCCCACCAAAGGUGAAGGAACGGGCGCCGGGCAUGAUGAACCUCGAGGAAUUCAAAACAACUGUGUCCAGAGUUUUAAAAACAAAUGAAUAUGAUGAAUAUUUGGAGAAAUUAUUUUUGAAGCUUGAUUCUACAUGUGAUGGGUAUGUAGACUGGAAUGAAUUCUGUACAUACCUACUGUUGUUGUACAGAGAAAAUGAUUACAUGAGCACAAAAAGAGAGAUUCCAUUCCUGGCUGAGGCUAAAAUUACACAUGUCAUUCACAAUAGGCAAGAAGUAACAACUAAGAUGAUCACAGUGGAUAAUCCAACAAGAUAUGUCUCAUUUAGUAAGGAAGGAGUGAUCAACAUAUGGCAUCCACAUAUGAGUUAUCCCGAAAAACAUGUUGUCAUGAUGGAUGAAAGUACAGAACAGUCCAAUCAAAAACGUCGUUACAAAACUUGGAUAACAGAUGCUGUAUACAUGCCAAACUGUAACAAGAUUGCUAUAGCAACAACUAGUCGAGACAUCAGAUUCUAUGAUUGUUCUACAAAUCAGUAUUAUUUAGAAUUUCAUUUACAUGCUAUGACAGAUGUAGCUAGUUGUUUAGAUUAUUGGUAUGAUCAUAAGUUCCCUAACAGUCCCUCGUUGUUACUGGUUGGAGUAGACUCUGGUGCAAUACAUCUGCUAUACUUCCAAAGACCUGUCACCAGACUGUUUGCCUCUCAAAAUAAGAGUGAAAGUGGAGUAGUCAGGGUUCCAUGGAAUAAAGUAGCCAUCAAUCAAGACAGAGAGGACAAAGAUAAAGAUGAUAUGAAGAAAUAUGUACUGUAUGAUAAAAUGUACCAUGAGAAACCACGAGUCCCUCCUAAUGCUGUCAGACAAGUCAGAUACAUCCCAGAUAAAAAUAGUAUCAUUUCAUCAACUAGUAGUUCUAAUAGAUCCCUCGUCAUUGCUAAUGUUACUAGUUAUCAGAACGAAUCAAAAGAAUUUACAGAUAAAGUGUUCAAGGAAUAUGUGUUUAACAUAGACAAGGGAGUAGAGUGUUUUGACUUUAAUAAGAACCUGAACUUGUUAGUUACUGGAAGUUUAGACCAUCUUGUUCGACUUUGGAACCAGUAUGUACCAACCAAACCCAUGUCAAUAUUGGAAGGUCAUGCUGUCGGAGUUAUAGGGGUCAAGAUACAUGAAGCAUUAGAGCAAGUCUUCAGUUAUUCUAAAGAUGCUGUAGUAAAAGUGUGGGAUAUUAAGGAACAGUCCUGUCUACAGACAGUGGGCCUCAAGUUUCCCAAUAGUAUACAUGGUAGAAUGCCAGAACAUGGAGAGUUUCCUAUUCAUCUUCAAUGUUCUCCCCAAGAUGCUCUGCUCGUCACAUGUAAUGAUUACAUUGGCAUGUUGAAACUUGGACGUUCAAGUCAACCGACAACAACACACACAGUCACUCAUGAUACACAGCUCUGUGGAGCAAUUUAUAAUCCUUUCUUUAAACAGGUUGUAACUGGAUGUGAUUCCUCCCAUGUUGCUGUAUGGGAAUUAGAGAGUGGUAAUAAAUCUAUUGUAUUUUCCAAUGCUCAUGGCAAUGAAGAGAUUACGUGUAUGGUUUUUGAUGAAUCCUGGAGAAGACUGAUAACAGGAGCUAGGAAUGGAACCAUUAAGGUUUGGAACUUUCAGAAUGGUCAUAAUUUACAUAAAUUAGAACCAGAGGAGGAGGCUGAGGUGACAGGGAUUCUGCCCCUUGUGGACAUGAAAAUGAUUAUAGCUGUUGGUUGGAGUAGGAAAAUCACAGUAUAUGAUGAUUCAGAUCCUGAUAACACUUACAUUGCUCCUAACUCCCACUGGAAAGGUGGACAGAUUCACAAAGAUGACAUUUUGACCUUGGAUCAUUGUCAUCCACAUUUCAUGGCAUCGGCAGGAUAUGAUGGGGAAUUAUGUGUGUGGAAUUUAGAAACCGAGAAAAUAUAUUUACGUUUAAGACAAGGACAGCCAUCUGACAUCUCUAAAGCAAUAGAAUUUUUAACUAGUCAAACUAGUAAUUUAAGUAGUAACCAAUCAACACAAAAUGGACAUCUUCCACGAUCACGACCAAAUUCACGUCCAAACUCAAGACAUCGAAGGGGUCACAGACUUCCUCAAGGACAGUCAGCUCCUGUAGAUAAGGUAUUGUUCCUUAAGACAAGAGUACCAUUGAGACAGUCGGAUGGUGCACAGCUGAUAUCUAGUGAGGCAGGCAAUAUAUUUUGGUGGUCAUUAUAUGGUACAAAACAACAAAUAGGUUAUUUUUAUGCCCCUGAUGACAAAGAUGAAUCAGUUUUAUCCAUGUGUACAGAUCAAGAUAAUGACAGACUUUUUACCAGUGAUACGCAAGGAAAUAUCAAAAUUUGGGAUAUAAAGAAUUACUGUACAAAGGCAGAAGAAAGGAGAAUUAAAUCUCCACCUCCCUUACUAGAGCAGUGGAAAGCACAUGAUUCACCAAUUGUCAGUAUAGAGUACAUACUCCAUGAGACUGGAGAAUAUUUAGUCACAGCAUCAACAGAUAAAACUGCCAGACUUUGGACAAUUGAGGGACAUUAUGUUGGUACUUUUGGCCAGAAAAAAUCCUGGAAUUUAAAGAACCCUAUGACUUGGAUGCACCCAAGGACACCUUGGACUACGAACUCGUCAAGUAAUUCAGAUAAAAGUGACAACAUAUCAGAUAAAAGUGAAACAGAAAGUAAGAAAAGUAUAAAUGACAAUGAAUCUUUUAUUAACACUGACCUGAAGAAGAGUAAAACACUGAGUAAAGACGCUGAAGCAGAUGUGAAUGUAGAUGUUAUCAUGAAAGAUAGAGAGUCCAUUGUUAAUGGUGACAUCACUGAAGACCCAACAGAUAGCAGUAUUUUAGCACCUAACCUUAAAAUCAGGGCACAGACAUUUGCACUGGGUGAAAGGUCAAAGACAAUAUUAGGUGCAAGAGUAACACAACACUUACAAAAUGUCAAGGAAGCUAGGAAAGAACGACGUAAAAAGUUUGGAGAAGAAAUUGAUUUCAAAUCUACCAUGAGAUAUGGCAAAAUUUGUUCUCCUUUCCAGGCAGUUCAAACGAAGGACAUAAAUGAGUCUUGCCUCCCUACCAAUCUUCCAUUAAGUCAGCAGAUGUUAGAAAGAGGAAUCACAGCCAUGACUGAUGAUCUACUUUUACAGUUUGACUUCUCAUUAGGAAGUAUGGACACUCCCACAGUUGACACUGAGAAAAAGAAAUUAACUAAAACAAAUUUACCGGAAAAAUCACAAACUUCACAUGGUAGAAGAUCUGUAGUGAGAGUUACACCACCCUUUAAGAAAAAUAACACAAUUUUAUGAGAAUAUUUUCAUUUACACCUGUGUCUUUCAAUGUUCUUGUGUUUCAUAAUAAGGCUAAACAAAUUAUGUGUGUUUAGGUUUUCUUCCAAGAAAACUAUUAUAAGUAACUUUUAUUUAUUUUUGGGAGAAUGGGGGUCAAAAGCAAGAAAAUAAGUUAGCAGUAACAACAAAUGUGGUGUUGAAUUGUUUGAUAGAUGAAAAGUUUAUAAAUAAAGUAGUCCUUAUAAAAACAUUAGGGUUGUAGCUCAAAAUUAUGACCUGUUAAUAAACACUGAACAGAUGUAAUUUUAUUUGGCAAAUGGUCAAAGGUCAGAGUUGAGGAAAUUAUUUCUACUGAUAUAAAAGGUCUUUUUUCCUAAACUAUUGUUAGUAUUGCUCAAAAUUUAUUUAUAUAUAGGUUUAUUCUUAGAGAUGUCAAACUGUGUAUGAAAACUAUGUAUGAUAUGAUCUUGAAAAAUCUCAUUGUAUAAAGGGAGAAAACUUAUGUUAACCAGUAUAUCUGUGACAUAUAUUUUGUAUUCAUUUCAUUGUGAGUAGUAUACUAUACUGUGCUUUCUUGGUGAUAUAAAUUUGAUUAUUUUGUAACAGGUCUUCAGUUUGUUCCAAUACAUAUUUGUAGCAAUUGCCAUCUUAUGCAAAAUAAAAGAACAUGGAUAUGUAGCAAUUGCCAUCUUAUGCAAAAUAAAAGAACAUGGAUCUGUAGCAAUUGCCAUCUUAUGCAAAAUAAAAGAACAUUGAUCUGUAGCAAUUGCCAUCUUAUGCAAAAUAAAAGAACAUGGAUCUAUGUGUAAGAACAGACUAACUUGUCCACCACACAUAAUUCUUUCAUGCGCUACAUGCAUUUAUAAAUUAAUGUAGCCUUAUUAUCCACCAAUGUACAAAUUCCAAUAAAAUUAUUUGAAUUUUUUAUAGUAGCUACCGUGUAUUUAUGUUGUGAAUUAUUUUAUAAGAUUUUUCUGAUAUAUUUCUGAUCAUUAUGAUUUUUUGUUUUGGUAAAAAAAAAAUGAAAUGUUUUUUUUUAUCAGAUUGUAAAAUUUCAAGUGAAAUUAAGCAAAUAAAAAUCCAGUAUUAAAUAGUAAAUCAAUAUCCGUCCUUUAAAACAGUAAUUAUUCAAUAGAUGUAAAACAAGCAUUACAAUAUGUGUUAUAUGCCAGUUUAUGAAAUCUGUCCUGUGAUAGACAAUUCACUAUUACUUUAAUAUUGUUCUGAGAUAUUUUUAUAUACAGUAUCAUCCGUCCAUGUUAUUUGUGCCAUAUUGGGAUGAAUUCGGUUUUAUUUUACUUGGUUGUGAUUUAUGGUUAUACAUAUAAAAAAUAUUCUUGAUAAUAAAAAUUUGGAACUAA